UCCCACACCAAGGCAUGGGCUAGUUUAAAAUUUUCGCGCGCUUCAUUUCAUUGCUUCUUUUUUUUCUGAGUUGCGCAUUGCGCAUGCACUACACUACAGUCCAUCGCCGUUCGUGUUCGCCGUCUUUCGUGAGCCUGUAGCAGCCAUGAGCGAUACCAAGAAAAAAGCAGUGCCCAAGGAGGGAGCUCAGAAGGGACCAGCGGCUGCCAAGAAGGCCCCGGUCGGCAACAAAUUGCCCGCAGUCCCAGAAUCUGUGCUUCUCCGCAGGAAAAGGAGAGAUCAUGAGAGACUUCACAAAGUCAAGACCGCGCUUAAGGCUAAGGUCGAUCGCCUCAAGAAGAGGAGGGAAAUUUUCAAGCGUGCCGAGAGGUACGUUAAGGAAUACCGCCUGAAGGAGAGGGAAGAAAUCCGUUUGGCCAGACAAGCCCGCAACCGUGGAAACUACUAUAUUCCAGGAGAGGCGAAACUCGCUUUUGUCGUCCGCAUUAGAGGUAUCAACCAGGUGUCUCCCAAGGUAAGGAAGGUCCUGCAGCUGUUCAGACUGAGACAGAUCAACAAUGGUGUCUUCGUCAAGCUGAACAAGGCCACAUUGAACAUGCUGCGCAUCUGCGAGCCCCACGUCACCUGGGGAUACCCCAACCUGAAGAGCGUGCGUGAGCUCAUCUACAAGAGAGGGUUCGGCAAGGUACAGGGCAGGCGCAUUCCCAUCACCAGCAAUGAAAUCAUUGAGAACGCCCUUGGCAAGAAGGACGGAAGCAUCAUUUGCGUUGAAGAUUUGAUCCACGAAAUCUUCACUGUUGGACCUAGGUUCAAAUACGCCUCAAACUUCUUGUGGCCAUUCAAGCUGAACACACCCACUGGUGGCUGGCGCAAGAAGACGACGCACUAUGUCGAGGGUGGUGACUUCGGUAACCGUGAAGAUACGAUUAAUGCCCUGCUCCGUCGCAUGGUGUAAUCCUGUUAACUACCCAAUUAAAUUUAAAAGAUUUCCCAAAA